CAGCUGCGUAGUUUAUCUUCCCUUUGUAAUAGACAGAUUUUAGAUAAAAGUAAAACUAUCUUAAAAAUCAGUAAUCAUGCAAUGUUUAAUGAUUUUGAGCUUCUACCACAUGGGCGUCGUUUCCGGUGUCCGGUGAGUAAAACAAAUAGAUGUAGAAAUUCGUUCCUACAUGUUGCCGUUCGACUCCUUAAUAAUGAGUAGGGCUACUUCUUAUACUUUUUUAAAUCAACGAUUCUUUUUUUUUCAUUGUAUAUUUUUCUGUGUUUUAUAUUUUUAAUGUCAUGUUUUUUAUGAUGCUUGUAAUGUCAACCUGAUUUGAAUUGCCCCAUUUGGGAUUAUUAAGAUUUAUUGAAUUGAAUUGAAUAACAAUAACCAUCAGUAACACAUUAAUAAUGUUUUCCUUUUCUUAUUUUUUUUUGCUUCUUUCAGAUGCGAAUAGCAAUCGUCUUCUGCCUGGAAGCAUAUACAAAAUGGAAGAAGGUAUACCGAACUCAACGUUCGAUCUACUUUUGCCCAACACCACACCGACAAAUUCAUGUGUGAGUUUUAUUAACUUCCUCGACUACAAGGAUAAGCUAUAUUUAGCGGCAACUGUGAUAAUCGCUGUAGUAGCACUCAUUGGCAACUUACUCGUUAUAUUAUCCGUAACACUAAAUAGACACAUGCGCACAAGCUCAAAUUAUGCAAUGCUGAAUCUUGCUGUUGGUGAUUUUCUUUUGAUGUGCUUUAUCCCGAUUUUAGAAUUUAAAAUUCGAUUUCAACCAUUCGGUACGACGGCAUUUCGGUGCAAAUUCUUUAAUGCCAUCAGCACAAUAAUACAAGGAGUUACUAUUUUCACGGUUCUGAGUUUGAGCGUAGACCGCUAUAAAGCUGUCGCACAGCCCAAGUCUCGUAGCAACUCAAACCCUGUAAACUCGCUUCUUUUCAAACUUGCCUUCAUUUGGCUAGUCUCAGUUGCGUUUAGUGUUCCGCUUGUUUAUUUUUCACAAAUCAUUUCGCUCUGCGGCUACUCCUGGUGCGAGUUCCUCGAACAUGGCACAAAAGAGUCAAUUGCAUACGCGAUAAUUCGAUUAGUAUUCAUGUAUAUUGUACCCAUGAUUGUUGUUGUGCUCUUUUAUAUAAUGAUGGCAAUGAAAUUAAACGAUCAACCAGCAUCAUUCAGUUCAUCGACCGGCACAAGUAGGUCGCAGGCCGCUCGCAAACACCUCGCAAUAACUGUGCUAGUGAUUGCCAUUCUGUUUGCCAUUUGUUGGUUUCCAUUCAAUGUCCGUUUGUUGCUAAUGGAGUUCUACCCAUUACUUGAUGAGACCUGGGUCAAAAACUUCAAUGAUUUCUCAGUUAUCUUCUUUUACUUCAAUUCGUGCGUCAACCCGAUUGUGUUAUACACACGAAGCCCUCUUUUUCGAAAGUAUUUCAGAAGAUAUCUUUUGCUGGGGUAUGUGCAAACUGGUGACGAUUAUGCACCCACCAACGACAACACAGGGGCGACAAACAUCACUGCUCAACAGACUAGCGAAACCGUGUAAUGCGGUUUCAAUAAGUAGUCUUAUCAAAAUGCAUUUUGUGAUACAAGCAGCCUACCUUAUUUGAAUGCAUAUGACAUUGUGCCAAACUAUUAACAUUCGCUCUUGAUAUGUAGAUGAAAAAUCAUAGGUACGAUCACUCCAUGCAAUUUUGAUACUCGAGAGGCAGCUUAUGACUACAACAUACUCGAAGUGGGUGAACAGUUUUCAGAUGUGUUUGCAGAAUAAGUCUGAACGAGAAUUCUUAACGGACGAACUAGCUCUAUAUCGACGAACCAAUCGACGAACACAAUUGCAAUUCAAUGCAAUUGAAACAUGUGUUGUAUUUGAGAGAAAGAGAGGAAGUAGACACUUACACUCCCAGAAGGUUACCUCCAUACUUCCAUGAAACAUCAAAAACGUAAUUAGACAACAAUGCAUAGUAUUAACACAUUACUAUUCUAUCAUUAUAUUAUAAUGAUAUGCCACCGACGUCAUCGCAGAUUUACAACGUUGUUACAAUUUUGUAACACUGGCUCUGUGAAAACGCUGACAUUGGAAGCAUGGUUGUCUCACUGCAGGAAUUUGCCAAAAGAGCACCAACCUGUUCGACAGUUGUUGAGGUGAGGGUCCGAAUUAAAGGCCGCCUAGAGACUUGGUCAGGUUCCGGAGUAUAAUUGUGGGGUUCGUGAAUGGGUUCCAUGGAGAUACUGAAUUUUAGUUUGGUGAAUCUAUAAGAGACAAUGUUGGCCUUAUGUCACGGUAUCAGUGGUAGAAUUUGUGGACGUUGUGCCAAUGAAUCAUUAACAGUGUUAGCGGACGCUGCAUCACGGUAACAGUGGCAGAAUUUGCGGACGUUGUGCCAAGGAAUCAUUGGCAAUGUUGGUAGACGUUGUGUGAUGGUAUCAGGGAAGCAAGGAAUCAAUGACGGGGUUAUUGGUCGUUGUAUCAAGGUAUUAGUGGCAGUGUUAGCGAAUUUUUGUCAAGGAAUCAAUGACAGUGUUAUCGAUCGGACGUUGUGUCACAGUAUCAGCGACAAUUUUAGCGGACGUUAUGCAAGCAAUCUAGGCAGUGUUAAGAGGACGUUGUGUCACGGUAUUAGUAGGAGUGUUAGCAGACGUUGUGUCACGGUAUCACAUUAAUCCGAGAGAACUACCAAUAUUGUUUAACAUGAAUAAAUCAAAGUUAAUUUGCGUAAAGGCGGGCACUCACUGCGCGUCGUACGACGGCUGUACGACCGUUGGCCGACGAAUCCAACUCCACUCCUGCGAGCGUGAGACGAGGCUACGCCGUCUGAACGGAUUGUCAUUAAAAACGACACAUCGUGGCUUUGCAUUCCGCAGAGCAUCGCGUCGGCCGACGACCGCCGGGCGCAGUGAGUGGCCAUCUUAAGUUGUAAGCCUAAGUACAUUAGGCUGUUAUCCAAACUUCGUGUAGGUUUGCGUUAAAGCUUGUCUAACUUUGGUGGUUCCCAAUGAAUUCCAUUGUCAGGUGAAUGACAUAGGUUUUUAAGCGUUUCUUGUAAUUGUGUCAAAACAGUCUAUUUCUGUAGGCCUAAUGUGAACCGAGCGUAGGCCUACCGUACUCGCGCGAAUAAGC